AGAGCCGCUUCUUGGACGCUUCUGGAAGGCGCGGCGUCGCGCAGCUGGUGGAAUCACAAGCAUUGUCUUGAGUGGCCGUGAUUGCUCAGUUCACUCGAUCUCUCUCUGGGGGCUAGAACAACCUAUCUGUUGGUGUACGUGUUUGACAACAAGGGGAGAGUAGGGUAAUGUCACACUGAAGACUCAGCGGCACACGAUUCAGAGGACGACAGAGCCACAAGGAAGAAUUACGGUUAGCAGUGGAGUGUGAGAAUAGAUGCUGCUUCUUUUUCUACGGUUUCCCAUGAAGGGCCAACUUUUUGUGACCAGUGUAGGCGCCGCUGUUUCUCAGGAGCCCGUAGCAGGAGGAAUAAUAAUAAUCCUGCCAGCUUUACACCAUGGUUGUCCCAAAGUCAGAAGAUGUGCAACUGCCCCCAAGUGGCCCUGUGGGCAGAGGCACCAGCCAACAGUACGGAUCCAACCUGCCUUCAUCUCAACACUCUGGAAGUCCCCAACAUGUUAGCUCUAAUGGGAAUAUUUUACCAGUCAACACCAUUCUCCAUUAUGAGCCACAGGAUUACACUGAGACGGACUUUCUGCUCCCGAAUCAACUCUAUGGUAGCUCAAGGUUUAGUGGAUCUAUGAGAGCAAAGGAUGCAGGUGGCUCUGGUGCACCUGCUGAGUCAGUCUGUUCCAUGGUGCUUCAGAUCCUGGUGCCAUUUCUUCUGGCUGGGCUCGGGACUGUGUCUGCUGGGGUGCUGCUUGAAGUGGUUGAGAACUGGGACGUGUUCCAGGAAGUCCCAGAGAUCUUCAUCCUGGUGACUGCAAUAUUAGGCAUGAAGGGAAACCUGGAAAUGACUCUGGCCUCGAGACUUUCAACUGCUGUGAAUGCAGGAAAAAUGGAACAUGCCAGAGAAAAGUGGAUGUUGAUCGUUGGGAACCUGGCGCUUAAGCAGCUACAAGCCACAGUGCUGGGCCUGUUAGCCUCUUUGAUGGCUACUGUGUUGGGCUGGAUGGCAGAAGGAAAGAUGCCCUUGCACCAUGUGAUGCUCCUGGUUUCAACCAGUGUUUCUACCGCCUUCGUAGCUUCUUUGCUGCAAGGUAUUAUUAUGGUGGGAGUGAUCAUUGGAGCCAAGCGGAUGGGAUUCAACCCUGACAACGUGGCCACACCCAUGGCUGCCAGCUUUGGGGAUCUCAUCACUCUUGCUUUGCUGGCCUGCUUCAGUCAUUGGUUCUACUCUGUUAUAGAUCUGUAUCCCCAUGUGUUGUACCUGGUUGUCCUGUUACUGCUGUGCCUGAUUCCUCUUUGGGUGGUCAUCUCGACCAAACAUCCAGCCAGUUGCAUCCUGCUCCGCACAGGCUGGGAACCAAUCAUUACAGCCAUGUUCAUCAGCAGUAUUGGAGGACUUAUUCUGGACAAGACUGUGUCAGAUCCAAACCUGGCAGGAAUCAUAGUUUAUGCUCCAGUCAUAAAUGGUAUUGGAGGAAACCUCGUCUCCAUACAGUCCAGUCGUAUUUCUACCGAAUUGCAUUUGAAUUACUCACCUGGAGAGGUUCCUGAAGACCGCAAGGGCUGCUUCCCCCCUUGUCGCACUUUCUUUGGUUCAGGAGCAAACCAUCGAUCUGCUCAGAUUCUGCUUCUUUUGGUGAUACCUGGUCAGCUCGUCUUCUUACUCACUAUUUACCUGAUGAAAGGAGGCAACACUUUGCCCAGUCCUCUUCUGACUGUCUCCUUCUUGUCUGCUUCCCUGAUUCAGGUCUUCUCCUUGCUGUGUUUAGCCGACUGUAUGGUCCACUGUCUAUGGCGGAGGGGUAAAGACCCCGACAGUUACUCAAUACCCUACCUUACAGCCCUCGGAGACCUACUAGGUACUGCUCUCCUCUCUCUUGCCUUCUUCAUGCUGUGGUACAUUGGUGACUUAGGUAGUGUAUAGGUUCAAAGCAAGAAAAGGUUUGAAGAAGAACAAAGGUGCCUACAUCUUAGCUAGCUAUACAGUUUCCUGCCUUACUGAAUAUUUACCGAAGCAGUCAUUGCUGUUUCUGUUUCCUAGCAACUUGCCAAAGACAUGGAUGCAC